UACAAGGAGAGUUCCAAAGGAAGCUUUACAAGGAGCUGCUGAAAAAUUACAACCCUCUGGAGCGACCAGUUGCAAAUGAUUCCCAGCCACUCACUGUCUACUUCACUCUCAGCCUCAUGCAGAUCAUGGAUGUGGAUGAAAAGAAUCAAGUAUUAACAACAAAUAUCUGGCUACAAAUGUACUGGACAGAUCAUUAUCUACAGUGGAAUGUGUCUGAGUACCCGGGAGUGAAGAACGUCCGUUUCCCGGAUGGACUGAUUUGGAAGCCUGAUAUUCUUCUCUAUAACAGUGCUGAUGAAAGAUUUGAUGCGACUUUUCACACCAACGUUUUAGUCAAUUCUUCAGGACAUUGCCAAUACCUGCCCCCAGGCAUAUUUAAAAGCUCCUGCUACAUAGAUGUGCGCUGGUUUCCAUUUGACGUUCAGAAAUGUAACCUGAAGUUUGGAUCCUGGACUUAUGGAGGCUGGUCCUUGGACUUACAGAUGCAAGAAGCAGAUAUAUCUGGCUACAUUUCAAAUGGGGAGUGGGAUUUAGUAGGAGUUCCUGGGAAGAGGACUGAGAGCUUUUAUGAGUGUUGUAAAGAACCCUACCCAGAUGUAACCUUCACAGUAACCAUGAGACGUAGGACUCUCUAUUAUGGACUCAAUCUCCUCAUUCCUUGUGUACUGAUAUCAGCACUUGCUUUGUUAGUUUUCCUGCUUCCAGCAGACUCAGGAGAAAAGAUCUCACUAGGUAUCACAGUUUUAUUGUCUCUCACUGUGUUCAUGCUGCUUGUGGCUGAAAUUAUGCCAGCAACCUCUGACUCCGUGCCCUUAAUCGCUCAGUAUUUUGCCAGCACUAUGAUUAUUGUUGGUCUUUCUGUGGUUGUCACUGUUAUUGUUCUACAAUACCACCACCAUGAUCCAGAUGGCGGAAAAAUGCCUAAAUGGACCAGGAUCAUCCUUCUGAACUGGUGUGCUUGGUUUCUGAGGAUGAAAAGGCCAGGGGAGGAGAAGGUGCGUCCUGCCUGCCAACACAAGCAGCGCCGCUGCAGCCUGUCCAGCGUGGAGAUGAACACCGUGAGUGGGCAGCAAUCCAGCAACGGCAACAUGCUCUACAUCGGCUUCAGGGGGCUGGAGGGGGUUCACUGCACACCUACCACCGACUCAGGGGUCAUCUGUGGCAGGAUGACCUGCUCACCAACAGAUGAAGAAAACCUGCUGCACAGUGGCCACCCCUCUGAAGGUGACCCAGAUCUGGCUAAGAUUUUGGAAGAGGUGAGGUACAUUGCAAACCGGUUCAGAGACCAGGAUGAAGAGGAAGCCAUUUGCAACGAGUGGAAGUUUGCAGCCUCUGUAGUGGAUCGGCUCUGCUUGAUGGCCUUUUCAGUCUUCACCAUCAUUUGUACAAUUGGUAUUUUAAUGUCAGCACCAAACUUUGUAGAGGCCGUGUCUAAAGAUUUUGCUUAACUCCUAACUAGAACCUGCUUCUCUGAAUGGUAUGUAGCAAAUAAGAACGUGGGGUUUUUGAUUGCUUGUUUCUAAUGAGUGUACUGCUUCUCAUUGUCUGCUUUCUUUUGCCCCCCUCUCUGGUCCUGAGUUCCUUUUGGAAGAGUGGCACCAUUUUGGAAGGGAAGCUAAGGAUUUCUCUCUGGGCUGCCUGGGCACAGCUCCUUUGAGCACUCUUUUGUUGAAAAUGCAGUGGCUGUGAGUCCCUUCAGAAUGACAGUGUUGCACCACAGUCUCUCACACACAUUUGAACUGGCCAUUACAAAAUAAGAAGUAGACAAUGCCAGAAAUGUCACUUCUUCCAGAUUUUGCUACAAAGGAUAACGUGGUCCAUCUUAACCAUUAGAAUGAGUGAUUGUAAACACUGAUGUUUAGGAGGGGAUAAAAUCCACAUGGAUGCUCAAACAACAGAGAGAAAAGGGAGAAUUAGUUGGCUUUUUGGUUACUGCUUCUUACUGAGCUGUCAUGUGUAGCUCUCCAGCUCACUCACAACCAGUCAGCCUGUACCUCCCUCCAUGCACUUUGAAUAGAGCAGAAAUGACUUUCAGAAUUCUGAAUCAAAGAUCUGAAAGUUGAGGGGACACACCAUAUAACGUGUCCUUCCGUAUCUUUCUGGAUCUGACCUAGAAAUAUGGCCUGAAUUCUUAAACAGGCUUCACAGUAAUUUGUGCAGUGUUUACUACUUCUUCCUUCUCCCCAGAAAGGCAUUCUUCCAACUGAUGACCUUUUUAACUACCAAAAAGAAAAUGAUUGAUUUAGGAUGCCUUUAUCAUCACUUGUUUAAAAAAAACCCAACAACCCCCACACUUGUCUCUUUACUGCUAACCAGACUUCAGUGUGGGAAAAGUAACUCAGUGUCUUGUACAGGCUUAAGCAUAAGUGAGGACUCAAAAGCAAGGAAGCCAUUAAAUCCUGAGAUCAAUGUUUUCAUUUAAAAAUGGAAUGUUUGAUCUGCUGUGUGCUUAGCCUUCUCUAGAACUCCUUCUGUUGAGUCACCAUAACUUUGUCUCUACAAGAAAACUGCACCUUUUCUGCUCAGUUUAUCAUCAGAUGAGUACUAAUGAGUAAUAAAGCUUUUCAGGUCUGAUACA